AUGGGCAAGAUAAAGUGGGAUGCCAUGGCCGACCAGACUCUCCUUGCCAAAAUUCUUGAGACCCAUGACCUGAGUGUCGACGUGGCCAAGGUCGCCGAGGCCUGGCCUGUCCAAGAAGACGGUCACAGACCGACACCUCGUGCCCUCAAGGAGCGUCUCAACCGAAUCAGGGAAAACGUCCGCAUUGGCAACCCCGCCGCCUCUGGACCUUCUAGCCCGGUUACCCCGAAGAAGCGUACCCCACGAAAGAAGCCAAACGAAACUCCCACUCCUGCUGGACCUUCACGCAAGCGUAAGCGUGUCCCAAAGGACACCGCGGCCGAUGAGGACCAAGUCAAUGUUAAGAAAGAGGAAGACCUGUCUACUGAGGAGAAAGAGCUUCUUGAUGAGUCCCUUAUCAAGCAGGAAACAGGCCUCGAGCAUACCGACCCCCUUGUUCACCGGGAGCCCAAGGAAGAAACUCUCGAUGCUGAAAGCGAGAAGACCGAUCCUGAAUGGGCCGACCACAACGAUGAGGAUGCUGACUCCGACUCUGACCAGCUGCUCAAGUAG